AUGAAUAUGAACGAGUCCAUUUCCAAAGAUGGUCAAGGCGAAGAAGAACAAAAUAAUUUUUCGUUUGGUGGUAAGCCCGGUUCCUAUGAUUCCAAUUCAGAUUCUGCUCAACGCAAAAAGUCUUUCAGUACUACAAAGCCGACCGAAUAUAACUUACCAAAAGAACAGCCCGAAUCAACGUCCAAGAAUUUGGAAACCAAGGCUAAAAACAUUCUGUUACCUUGGAGGAAGAAGCAUAAUAAAGACUCGGAAACUCCACACGAAGACACUGAGGCGGACGCUAACCGCCGUGCCAACGUAACUUCUGAUGUGAACCCUGUUUCUGCCGACACCAAGUCAAGUUCUGGCCCUAAUGCUACUAUUACUACCCAUGGAUACUCUUAUGUCAAAACAACGACACCCGCUGCUACAAGUGAGCAAUCCAAAGUGAAAACGUCACCUCCCACUAGCCAUGAACAUUCAAAUAUAAAGGCGUCCCCCACUGCGCAUAGACAUUCCAAAGGUGAUGCAGGGCAUCCAAGUAUUGCAACCACUCAUAACCACAGCACUUCCAAAGCUGCCACUUCUCCUGUUACUCACACGCAUGGUCAUUCCAGUGCUACCACUUCCCCUGUCACUCACACACAUGGUCAUGCCAGUGUGAAAACCACAUCUCCUACCAAUACUCAUGAGCAUUCUAAAGCGAAUACUGGUCCAUCAGCCACUGCAACUACACAUGGACAUAUCAACGUCAAAACUACCCACCCUGUUAGCCAUGGUCACUCUGGUUCAAGCACUGGUCCUAAAUCCACCGCUGCUGCACAGGAUCAUUCCAGUACUAAAACUAACCCUUCAGUUACUCAUGGACAUACAAGUGUUAAAGAUAACUCCUCAGCUACGAAGGGUUAUUCGAACACUGAUUCCAACUCAGAUCGAGAUGUCAUACCUGGUAGUUUCCGGGGCAUGACUGGUACUGAUGUGAACCCUGUUGAUCCUAGUGUUUACACAAGUACAGGCCCAAAGAGUAAUGUUAGUUCCGGUAUGAACGCUGUCGACCCUAGUGUCUACACGGACACAAGUUCGAAGUCUGCAGAUCGUAGAAAGUACUCUGGCAACACUGCGACUGGUCCUCCUCAAGAUACAAUUAAAGAAAUUGCACAGAACGUGAAGAUGGAUGAGAGCGAACAAACUGGAUUGAAAAAUGACCAAGUUUCUGGUUCUGAUGCAAUCCAACAGCAAACUAUGGAACCUGAACCCAAAGCAGCAGUCGGGACAAGUGGUUUUGUAAGCCAGCAACCUUCUUAUCAUGAUAGCAAUAAAAACAUUCAACACCCAGAAAAGAAUAAGGUUGAUAAUAAAAAUAUAUCAGAAAGAGCGGCUGAAAAAUUUAACAUUGAAAGAGAUGACAUUCUGGAAUCCGCCGAUGAUUAUCAACAGAAAAACAUUAAAUCCAAGACGGAUUCUAAUUGGGGUCCAAUUGAAUAUAGUUCCAGCGCUGGUAAAAAUAAGAAUCUGCAGGAUGUUGUUAUACCUUCUAGUAUGAAGGAGAAAUUCGACAGCGGUACAUCUGGAUCUCAGAAUAUGCCUAAAGCGGGAACCGAAUUAGGACAUAUGAAGUAUAAUGAUAAUGGUAGGGAUAACUUGCAAUAUGUUGCCGGUUCACAAGCUGGUUCUCAAAAUACGAACAACAAUAUUGACAUGUCACCCCGUCAUGAAGCAGAAUGGUCCGGGCUUUCUAAUGAUGCCACCACCCGAAACAAUGUUGUAUCACCUGCUAUGAAGGACGAAGAUAUGAAUGAAGAUUCUACUAAACCUCAUCAAUAUGGGUUGGAUUAUUUGGAUGAUGUUGAAGACUACCACGAGAAUGAUAUUGACGACUACUCAAAUGCAAAGAAAAACGACUUGUAUUCUAAGAAAGCGUACCAGGGAAAACCAUCGGAUUACAAUUAUGAGCAGAGAGAGAAAAUCCCAGGUACUUUUGAACCUGAUACGUUGUCAAAAUCAGUGCAAAAACAAGAUGAAGACCCGUUGUCUCCAAGGCAAACCACUAACCGUGCUGGUAUGGAGACUGCAAGAGAUGAGAGUCUUGGCAAUUACGAAUACUCGAAUACUUCUGGUAACAAAAAAUUAUCUGAUUUAAGCAAAAAUAAAUCAGGCCCAACUCCAACGCGUUCUAAUUUUAUUGACCAAAUUGAGCCAAGAAGAGCAAAAACAACACAGGAUAUUGCAUCCGAUGCCAAGGAUUUCACCAAUAAUCCGGAAACAGGUACUACUGGAAACGUAGAUACAACCGGAAGGAUGGGUGCAAAAUCCAAGACCUUCAGCUCGAACCCUUUUGAUGAUAGUAAAAAUACAGACACUCAUCUCGAAAACGCUAAUGUUGCUGCCUUUGAUAAUUCCAGAUCUGGAGACACUACAUACUCCAAAUCAGGGGAUGCUGAAACAGCUGCUUACGAUAAUAUUAAAAAUGCGGACCCUACAUAUGCCAAAUCACAAGAUAUUACUGGAAUGACUCACGAUCAGGAACCAUCAUCAGAACAAAAGGCCAGUUACGGUUCUGGCGGCAAUUCCCAAAAUCAAGAAUAUUCUAGCGACGAUAAUAUUGAUGUCAAUAAGAAUGCGAAAGUUUUAGAGGAAGACGCACCGGGCUACAAGCGUGAAGUAGAUUUGAAGAACAAACGUAGAACCGACCUUGGUGGUGCCGACGCCUCAAACGCUUAUGCUGCCGAAGUUGGUAAUUUCCCUAGUUUGAUUGACCCACAUGUCCCAACAUACGGAUUUAAAGACACCAACACCUCUAGUUCUCAAAAGCCAUCUGAGGGCACCUACCCAGAAACCACUUCCUAUUCAAUUCAUAAUGAAACAACUUCUCAGGGAAGGAAAGUGUCGGUGGGUUCAAUGGGUUCCGGAAAAUCAAAACAUCAUCACAAUCAUCACCGUCACAGCAGACAGAAUUCUUCAAAAGGGUCUGACUACGACUAUAAUAAUUCUACUCAUUCAGCCGAGCACACUCCAAGACAUCAUCAGUACGGUUCCGAUGAGGGUGAGCAAGAUUACCAUGACGACGAGCAAGGUGAGGAACAGGCUGGUAAACAAAGUUUCAUGGGUAGAGUGAGAAAAAGUAUUUCUGGCGGUACUUUUGGAUUUAGGAGUGAAAUUUAA